AAAAAAAUAGGCAUCGCAUCAUCCUUACUCUGUUGAUCACGCCUUACUUUGUUCAUCGCGCUUUUGGACUUAUAUAAUUCCCCCAAUCAUCUUUCUUCAUCUCAAUAACGAUACCAAGGGUUGUGCUCGUAUUACUCGACCUUUUGAACAGCAAGAACUUUUAUUGCUUCAUAUCUUUAUAUUUAGUAUCUGCCAUCCUGUUUCUGACUCUUUGUAAGCACCCCGUCGCCUGGAUUGUCAGUGUGGGGAUAAUUUGAGGCUAGGGAAAAGAAAGAAAAAUGUCAGAAACAUUCACUCAGGACAUCUGCCUGGUCGAGAAAAUCCUCGAAAAAAGAACUAAUGCGGAGACUGGGGUCGUUGAGUAUUUGAUCAGAUGGCAAGGAGAAGAUGCACAGGGGAAAGGAUAUGAGGAUUCUUGGGAACCGGAGCAAAACAUACUUGGUCAAGAACUUAUCGAGGAAUUUGAACGCAGACAGGAAGAAAGGCGCCCUCAGCGUCGGCGGUCAAUUGAUAGAUCUAAUGGUGCAGAUACAUGGCAGGAUGUUCACAAAGGUUUCAGCUCUCGUCUGGACCACACAACAGGGGCAACGCCACAUAAACAAUCACUACGGCAUUCAUCCUUAUCGAGCUUUUCAAAGCCGAGGUUUACUCACCCAUAUAUUCCUCAUGGAAGUUCUUCAGGACCCUAUACGUCCCAAUUCUUUGAUACAGGACCAUAUCCUGCCUUCCCACGUCACCUCUCUUCUUCGCAUGGUAGCUAUUAUCAUCCCAUACCAUAUCCGUUUAAUGUUCGCCCAGCUUAUGCCAGAUACGAUCCCUCAAAAUCUCUCAAAAGAAAAGCUACCUCUGAAGCCAUUGGCCACAAGGCCAUAACAGAUCCAAACAAGCUUGACUCUGGUCUCCAGAAUGCUUCGAAUCAGGAUGCUACCAACACAGACGAUGCGAAACGAGCAAAGGCUGGGGAUCACACACAUAAUCGUGAUCAAGCUGUCAAAUACCAUGCCAGGAGACAGCCUUUGGGCACUGCCAACAAUGGGCAGGGACAAGCAACAUUUCGGCUACUGAGUCUGGACAAUUCUAAUGAAAAGGCGUUUUUUAGAUCCGUCAUCGAAAAAUCGACCCUAGUGAGCGAUGCUGUCAUGCGCACGGAGCUUUUGAAAUUCCUAAGGAAUCCGAAGAAGCCAGAUCUAGAUGAAGACUCUAUACUUAGAACCUCAGAUGCAUGGCUUAUUGAAAUUAAGAAGCAGACAGGGGCCUCAGGAAGCUUGUUCUUGGCAAUAGAUGUUCUAAACGGGAUUGCAAAAGCGCUUUUCAUCCCAGAACAUAUGCUUGAACAACAAAGAUUGGCACAUCCAGAACAAGGCAUAGUGAUAAAGGAUCCUCAUAUCUUAGCAGCUAUCAUGCAGGGUGAUAUAAAUGGCUCUGGUCUUUACGAACCUUCUACCUCAGUUUCAAAUGAUAUGUCAUCACAGCAACCAUUAGUCCCUUCGGUUACAGAGCCACAGAAGCCUGAAAUUAAUGGUUAUAAUGCGGGAAAGGAGUUAUCCAGUAACCAACAUCAACAGAGUUCUGCUAUUCAAUGUGAAUGGAAUGGUUGUCAGCAAAGUUUCCCCAAUUUAAUGGAACUUUCAUCCCAUAUUCAGCAACAGCAUCUGUCUGAAUUAUCUAUUACACGUUCACCUUCGACGUCAUCAUCAGUUAUCAAAAGCGAUGGUAGUACAAGCGUAGUAAAACUCUCACCAGAUGUAGAGAGUAAAUCUGCGCAAGAAAUCUAUUCUUCACUACAAACCCAGCUGGCUGAGACCAAGUCACUAGCUAUGAAAAUGGAUAAGAGACUAAGAGAAUCACAAGCGCUCUACCUCUCUGCCAAAGCUGCAUCUACAGAUGAAGUGAAACGACUUGAAGCGCGUCUCGAAUGGGAGAUGAAGAAGUGGGAUGCGUAUCAAAGCCAAAAGAAAAAGAUGCGGGCUCAUAGUAAUGUUACCUCUGACUUGAACACUGGAUCAGGAUCCAAAGCUGACGAUCGAGCAGAAUCUGAGAGCAUGGCAACCUCAGAAGUCCCUAACUUGGAAGAUCAUAAACUGGAUAUGCCUAUGGGUGCACAGUCCGCUAAUUCUAUCCGCGAUAUUCAGAGAGCAUUGGCAGCAGCCAAGAAGAGUUUGGUGCGUUUGGAAGACGAGAACAUGAAGAUAUAUGAUGAAAGGCGUGCUUUUGAUAAGGCGAUCGCAAAGUUGGAUGAAGAACUUGAGCAAGCAGCCGCACAACUAAAGGCUGCUGAGACUAGAGAACAGAUCAUAUGUGAUGAGCUUAAGAGCCGAUCUCAAAAUAUUGAGGGAUGUAAAACAGCCAUGGAACAGGAGCAGCUCAAAUCGCAAGAGAAAAUGAAACAACUACAAGCUUUGAUCGGAAAUUAUUCGCAGUCAGGGACCUUACCUAUCGCUGUAGCUCCCACAUCCACAUCCACAUCCACAUCGAUAUCUACAUCCACGCCCACACCUAUAUCUACAUCCACGCCCACACCUAUAUCUACAUCCACGCCCACACCUAUAUCCACAUCCGCACCCACACCUGCACCUUCAUCCACACCCAUCCAAGCGCCUUCACCCGCACCAAUACCUACAUUCUCCACAUCAAUAUCAUUAUCGUCACCCAAACAACAAGAUUUAGCUCAUCAAUCUUCCUCGCUACUUCCAAAGGACUCCUCAGAGCCGAGCCCAGAUUUAUCCACUGGCACGAAUAUCAGUACGGCCACCAGCUUCAUUGACAUGUUAACCAAAUCAGUCAAUGGAAGCGGAUCCAAUCAACCAUAUUCGCAGUCUUGAAGGGGUACCGGUUCAUUCUUACCGCCUCUAGCAAAAUAAUUACACCCUUUUCCAUUUCCUUUUUUCUUUUAUGUAUUCAAUUUCGCGUUCUCGAGCUAUUUAUUUUUUUUAUCAAAACGCUCACAUCAUGUCAUGUCAUAUUAUUUCUUUCUUUCUUUUAAGAUACCUGUAACCUAUAGACCGCGCUUUUUUAUUUUUUAUUUUUUAUUUUUUAUUUUUUAUUUUUAUUCCUUCACUUUCCUUCCUUUUGCAUUUGUUAAUCUACUUGACAAGCGUUCAAGUAUUCCAAAAAAG